GGACCGUAAACAAAGAUGGCGGUCUUUGGCAAACCAAACUCUGUGACCUGUACAUGUUAUGAGUUAGGACACACAUGGACGCCUUCUUGUUUCAAGGCAUCGGCAGAAGUAGCAUUCAUAGUUUUCAAACAAGCUCUAAAAAUAUAUGGAACACUUUAUACGGUAGCAGGUAUAUUGAAGAAGAAGGACCUGAAAUAUUUCAAAGAGAAGAUUCUAAAGGAGAUCGCGCAGUCAGUUGCCUUCCUCACCACCAAUGGAACAUUCUUCAUAUCAUUCUUCUGCAUAUGGAGGAAGUUACUAGGUCACUUCUAUUACCCCACGACGGCGUUCAUACCGGCCGCCCUGGCCUCUCUAACCGCCAUCCUCCUCGAAAGGAAGUCCAGGAGAGGACUGUUGGCGAUUUACAUGGCCAAUGUGGCGACAGAAACUGCCUACAGAAUGCUGCUGUCACGUGGUUGGAUGAAGCCAGUCAAGCAUGGAGAGGUGUUGCUGUUCAGCAUUGCAUCAGCCAUUUACCUGUAUUUCUUCAGGAAAGGUCACCUACCCGAUCAAACAAAAAGUGCACUUAGUUUCCUUUUGGGUAAAGAAGAACUGCCAAUCACAGAAAGAAGGGAGGAGCCAAAUCACAGACACCAUGGCAACAAACUUCUUUGCAAAUUAAAACAGAAUCAAACCUUCCAGAUCAUUAAUAAAUGGCUACAGACCACACCCAAACAAACCCUCUGUCAACACAGUUAUGGAUGUGCUCAUUAUGUAGUACAGGGAUUUGUGAAGAUGUUUGGACUAGGCUUUUUGGUACAAGGAGGAGUUAAAGUUUUGGGUGCCUUGCCCAGGAUUUACAAGAAUCCAGGAGCUGUGCUUCAUGCCUUAAAACAUCAGGAUAACUUUAGGCUGGGGGCAUUCUUAGGAUGUUUUAGUGCCAUCUUCAAGUGUGUGAAUUGUUUAAUGCGAUGGAUGCGUAAUAAAGAUAGUGAAAUGUAUGGACUUUUAGCAGGCUUUCUGGCAGGCUGGUCUAUGUUGUGGUACAAAAGUUCUACCAUAGCAUUGUAUACUGCCUAUAAAUUAGCAGAGGUGCUGUAUUUCAAGGGUAUCAGUAGAGGAUUUUUUCCCUAUAUACGAUGUGCUGACAUUAUUAUUUAUUCCAUAUCAACUGCUUUUGUCUUUCAUGUAGCUGUUCUUGAACCACAUAAUUUAAGACCAGCAUAUUGGACCUUCUUGCUCAAAGUUACAGGAAAUAAGUUUAGUUUGAUGAAUAGAAAGCUCUUGGAGCCCUUGUAUAAGGAUGCAGCUAAAAUUGCCCCGGACUUUUGGCCGGAUUAUGACAUGAGGUAUACCAACCUUACCAGAGACACAGUGCUACACAAAAGUUGAUGCUAGAGUGCCAUGUCGACAGAACUGCUCAAAAGUUUGAAUGGAAUGGUGUGAUACAUGUAUACUAUUACAGUUCAUCAAUAUCCAUUUCUAAGUUAACCAGUAUUGUUCAUGACUGUAUGAACUACAGAAAUCUACAUUAUCUUUUAUGAAAAUGGAGAAAUGAGUCAAAUUAUCAACUUUUCAAUCAUAACAAUUAUGUUCCCCAGAACAAAGAAAAAAAAUCAUGUUAAGAAUUGUUUUCUUAAUGAUGUAAAAGGUGUAUAUGUGUAGAAGAUCUCAUGUGUUUACAUUGGUAUUGAAUGUUUGCAUUUUCUGAAUGCAAUCACACAUGUUUCAUUUCUUUUCUGUAAUGUCUGAUUUGUUUUUCGUUUUUAAAUUGUCCAUCUUUCUGUUUGUGAAUUUUGUUUUUGUGUUGGUUCAUUCUAUAAGAGUCGUGCAUGUAUUAAUAGUUAUGUGAUCCAUAUGUUUUGUAUAUGAUACAAUCCAUGAUUUCAUUAUGAAGUAAUGUAUUCCAUUUCUCAGGAAACCUAGUUUUGUGAUGAGGCAAGAUUACGUAAAAAUUGGGAGAAAUUUCCACAAAGGUUUAUCUGUACGACAAUGUUUACUUAUUAUAAUAGUUUUAAACAACCAUAGUCUAAUUGAAUUUUUAGCUAUAUGAAUUGGAAACAGGAGAAAAAAAUGUUAUUACUGAAGAAUUUUUUAUUUUGAAAAAUAAAUGGUCUAAGCAUUUUUUAGGAAGAUGAUAUGAACCAAUUUUAUUUUUUGAUAUAGAAGAAUACAUUGUGAUGUGGAACAUUAUGCAAACUGAAUACCAAGUACAUGUCCUCUGUGAUAUAUUAUGUGACAAAUUUAUUUUAUAUUUUUUUGAGAUUAAAUUCUGCAAUGUCUAUACUGGA